AUGGCGAACGAGGACGGCGAUGUCGCCGCGGGGAGCCGGCCGAAGCGCAAGGCGAGCGCAUCGUUGCGAGCGCGGACGUCGCGAGGGAAACAAGCGCCGUCGAGCGCGCACUACGUGGGAUACGUGCAAGACGACGAGACGCCAGAGAUGAUUAUGAAAAAGUUUGAAGAGAUGGAACGGAUUCGACAAGCCACCAAGGCGCAAGUCGGUGAGGAUGGUGAUAAGGAGAACAAGGAAGGCGCGACAAACGGUGCGGGUGGAGACGCGGUCGGGACCAACGGCGACGAGCACGAAGGGUUGGACGAGGAACAGUUGAAGGAGUUGUUCAAAAAUACGUCUACGUUUACGGUGAAGGAGGCCGUGAUGGAUUCUAACGCGCUUUUCGGUGAUAUGAGGAUCGCGAACGAAGAUGGGAUGUAUUUCUCGGACGAUGAAGAGUUGCAAGAUGAAUUCUGGGAGGCGCUGACCGGUAAGAAGCGUAGAGUGAGCUAUGGACGAGUAAUUCAGCCGUACGAACCAAAAUCGGUGCGAGAGGCGAAACUGAAACAAGUUCCCGAUUGCGUGCACAUGCAAACGAACAUCAAGAAGAUGGAAUAUGAAUCGCUCGGUAAGGACUAUUUAGGUGUGCUCAUGAACCCGCCGUGGGAUAUUGAAGAUUCCCCAGAUCGCGGCGACGUGACGUUGGAGGACAUCGAAGCCAUUCCGCUUGAAAAACUCACGCCACUCGGUUUCAUCUUUAUUUGGGUUGAGAAGGAAAAUUUGUCCAAGGUUUGCGACAUCAUGGACCGAAAGAACUUUGUCUACGUAGAGAACUUGACGUGGGUACAACUCAAGCCGAACAACACGAUCGUUGAGUCCUCUGCGCGCUAUCUUGGUCGCUCGCACAGAACAAUGCUCAUCUUCAGACGAGACGUUCGCGACAAGCGCUUCAUUGAAGGGAAGAAGAUUGAGUUGCGACACCAACGUAACUCGGAUGUGACUCUCGAUAUUGUGCAGACCACGAAAACUGGUCGACGUGUUGUCCCUGAGCACGUGUACAAGUCCAUCGAAACUCUUUUACCGACGGCGUACGAACCUGGAACGCCUGGUAAGCUCCUCGAAUUGUGGGCCGAACCGGGCGCGCGACGCGCGGGUUGGACUUCCGUGGCGGAUACUCCUUAG